AUGACUUUCCUAAGAGUUGUAAAGAAUAAGGCCUAUUUCAGGCGAUUUCAGGUCAAAUUCCGUCGCCGCAGAGAGGGGAAGACCGACUACUAUGCCAGGAGACGUCUGGUAGCCCAGGACAAGAACAAGUACGACUCACCAAAGUACCGAUUGGUGGUGAGACUGACAAACAAGAGGGUCAUCUGCCAAAUAGUAUCGUCGACACUAGUUGGUGACAAGGUCCAUGCAUCAGCGGACUCCUCGGAACUGGUCCAUUAUGGCGUUAAGGUUGGACUUACCAACUACGCAGCAGCGUAUUGCACAGGGCUGCUUUUAGCAAGAAGAUUGCUGACCAAGCUCAAAUUGGACUCGCAAUUUGUAGGGAAAGUUGAAGCAGAUGGUGAGCUAUACCACGUAGAGGAAGACGAUAACGAAAGACGCCCCUUCAAAGCACUAUUGGAUGUUGGAAUCAAGAACGUAACCACGGGAAACAGAGUGUUUGGAGCACUCAAGGGAGCAUGUGACGGAGGGCUCCACGUUCCUCACUCGGAAAAGAGGUUCCCAGGCUAUAGCGUAGAUGACGAGAAUAACGGAACCUAUGACGCACAAGCACAUAGGGACAGAAUCUUCGGAACACAUGUAGCAAAUUACAUGGAAUAUCUCAAGGAGGAAGACCCAGAAAAAUACAAAAAACAGUUUUCAGCAUAUCUGAAACUAGGGUUGGAUAGUGAAUCACUAGAGGAUAUGUACGCAAGUGCCCACGAGAACAUCAGGAAGAACCCAGUGCUUCCAACGAAACCUAAACGCAAGCUUAAACACGUCAGAGAAGGAAGCAAGGUUUUGACGUCUAAAGGUUCCUACGUACGUAACGUUAAAAUCACUAAGGCUCAAAGAAGGGAACGCGUUAAACAAAAGAUUUCUCUAUUGGUUAACGAAAGCUAA